AUGCUGGCUACUCUAUACGAGGCCGUUUGGUCUACCUCUAGACAGACCCUACUCCGGACUAAUGCGACUGACGUCCCAUGGCUAUGGAAGGUAGUAGCAGCUUGCUUUUCAGCGGUACAGCUAAUCGGAUAUAUGAUGCUGGCUGUGGUAGUCGGUUCCCCUCCCCAUGAGUUGCGAAUCAAUGCUACAGUAUCUACUGUUACUGCAUUUGUGUUUGUUGGUACAUCUUACGGUGUAUCUGCCUUGAUUGCCUUCGCCCAGCGCCAUCAAACGAUGUUCCUCCUCCACUCAAUCUUCAUCCCAUACUCGACGAUAAAUCUGCUCGCGCUCCUGAAUAUCCUAUUCCACAUCCACGGGCAAAGCCUGCAGAUGAAUACCUUGCAGAUUGUAAACAUCUGCCUACCCACUGCUUUCUCGGCGUGUUACGCUCUUGCGGGGAUCUUGAUAUAUCGAGAGUAUGGGCGUAAUCGAGUGGAGGAAGACAUGCCGCUACUCACCGACGAAGAAAUGCAACGUCGCCAGUUACUUCGCUUGUUGGGUGAACGGAAUACUAGCGCACCAUCGCCCGAUCUUGUGCGAAACACUUAUCGCUUUGAUUUACCUGGGGAUGAGACAGCACAGAAGGACUGGAGUCGUUUGACUCCUUGA